AGUUAAAAAAAAAAAAUACAUUGCAAAAUGCUAGUUGCUGCAUGUAUGAAAAUUCAUUUAAUGUUCCUUAUUUUCAAAGACUUUUUAUUCACCUGAAGUUGCAAAAGUGAACAGGAGAGAUUUGUAACAGCAUGGCUGAAAAUGAAGAUUUUAAAACAUUACGAUCGAGAUUCCAAAAGAGUGUUGAGGAAAACAAAAUGAAAAUACAAAUGCCUCCUAUUCCUGCAAAGCCUACUAUACCAGCAAAGCCUAAUUUUGGACAAGGCGCUAACAAAUGUUUUCAAAAACCAGUACCAAAAGCAUUAUCUUCUCCUGAACUGCCUGCAUUACCAAGAAGAGAAAAAUUAAAUCCAGCUGAGAAUCUCUCUACUUCAAAUCAAAGUCUUUGCUCUCUUGGGAACGAUAGAAUGCAGUUUGAUAUAUCUGAAACAGAAUAUAAAGAAAGAAAAUCACCAAAAGAAACUUUCAAAAUUGAGAUGGAUAGAAUCCUUGGCCAAGCAAAUAUUAACAAUAAUCCUACAGCAACACAGACUGUGAAACCCGUUCUACCUAAACGGCCCAUGAACAUUGCAGUCAAGCCAACCAGUGCAAAUCAUCCCCCUAAACCUUUGCAAAUUUCUAAAAAACCUAUGCAGGAAAAAAAUCAAGUGCCAUUAAAAUUUCUGCCAAGUGUAGCGAUCCUGGGUCCAAAACCGGAAAAACCUUUGCGCCCUCCUUUUGUGAACUUGGGAAAGUUCAAAGAAGAAGAAAAUGAAGAAGAAAAAGAGUCUGAUUAUGUUGUUAUGAGGAGUUAUUCAGAACUUCCUCAAAUGACAGAAUCACAGUCUCCCAGGCUGACAUCAUCUCCAAGGUUGACCUCGUCAGUGUCUCAGCCCAAUCUCAUGAUUUUCUGUCCUACACGUCACAAGCAAACUCCCUCAGGAGAUAGCAGAAGUUUAUAUGAAGGUGUACUUCACUUUGGAUCAAUGAAGAAAGACAGAUCAACAUCCUUGCAGAAUGUAAUAAUACCAGAGUUGCCUUCUAUUCCGGUAUCACCUGUAGAAGAAGUUUAUGAUGAUAUAGAUUUGAUUGAAAAUAAACACAGACCACCACUUCCAGAGCCAAGAAAUUCCACAACUGAAGAAAACAUUUUAAUAACUAACUGGAGAAAUGACACCAACUUGAAGAAAAUGGAGAGACUAGAGAGGGAAUUUAUAAAGAACUUUCAGUAUACUGGAGAAAUUAAAGUGAUAACAAGAACGAUGGUUGACCCCAAUGCUUUUCUGCGGAAACCAGGAGGGAAAGAUCUUCCCUACACAAGAGGAGAAAUCUUGGAUGUAAUAGAGCUGACAAGUCCAGACAAAGUUUUAUGCCGCAACUUUGAAGGGAAAUUUGGAUAUGUGCCAAGAAAGGCUGUUCUUAAACUAGAGAAAAAUAUCUAUGAUAAUACUGGCCCUGCAGAAGAAAUAUAUGAUGACACCGAGUUGAUCUCCACCUCAUUACCUGCGGUGCCUUCUAAACAAAGGUUUCAACAGGGUUACGUCACGAGAAUGUUUCAAAGAAAUCAAAGUCAGCUGAGGGAAAGUAAACCUGAAAUACCAAAAAGAGAGGUUUCUAAAAACACCAAAAAAGAAGAAAAAGAAGCCAAAGAAUUAAAGAAGAAAUUUAAGUUUGAAGGUGAAAUAAAGGUUUUGACGAGGAUGAUGGUUGUUCCAAGUGCUGGAAACAAAAGAGGAGGAUUUAAAGAUCUGUCAAUUAGCAAAGGAGAGAUCUUUGAAGUCAUUCAGUUCACCAAUCAAGAGAAACUCCUGUGCCGAAAUAGUAAAGGAAAAUAUGGUUACGUUAAAAGAAAAUAUGUGCUGCAGCUGGAAAGUGAUCUUUAUGAUGACGCUGAUACCAUGAGGGCUUUAAUUAAGGGCAGGCAGUAAUGAAGUCUAAAUAGUCUUAUGGAUCUGGAAAGACAAACCAAAAAUGAAAAUAUCUCCAGCUCUUUCUGUAUAUUUGUAUUGCAAUUAUUUAUUGUUGGUGCCUUUAUUGAAUGAGAUUUUAUACUUUGCCAAAAUAAUAUGAAAUAGUUUUUUUUAGAUGCAAAAUAAUAUAUUUUACAUACAUUUUAUUGUACAAAAAAUGUUUUGCUAUCCAUGUAUAAAUAAAGUUGAACAUUUUAACAUUCCUCUGAAAGGUAAUAAAGAAGUUGCAAAAUAAUCAGUCGAUAAAAUGUUUACAUUGCAAAAUAUUAAAUCUUCUUUCCUUUAGGGCCUUAAAUAUAUUUAUAUAAAAUAAUCAAAUUACCUCUCAAGCACCUUUUUUUUCUAGAGAAAACAGACCCAGUUUGGCUAACCUCUCUGACAUUACCCUUAUUAGUUUUGUGGCUCUUCUCUGAACUUUUAUUUUAAUUCUGCAAUGUUCUUUUUUGAAAUUGGUCCCCAGAACUGAACUCCAUACUCAAGGUGAGGUCUUACCAGGGAUUUAUAUAUUGACAGAAUUAUACUUUCCUCCGUUGCAUUAAUGCAUCUUAAUACAUGCUAGUAUCAUAUUAGCAUUAGAAGCCACUGCCUUGCAUUGUGCAAUAAUUCUUAGCUUGUUAUCUAUAAGUACACCCAAAUCCCUUUAUUACCCUGUACUAACCUAAACACAUUAAAUAACUUUGUAUCAUCUGCAAAAAUUGGAGAUGGCACUAUUUAAUCCUUCCUUUAAUCUAUUAAGAAAAAUAUUAAAAAGAAUAGGACUCAAUACUAUCCCUUGAAGGACUCCACUAAUUGUCCAAUCUGUGUAUGAUCCAUUUACUACUACUCGUUGUUACUUGUUUUUUAUCCAGUUAUUUGUCCAUUUGCUAACAUUUUCAUAUAUUCCCAGUAACUUGAUUGUGUACACUAAUCUCUCAUGUAGAACUGUAUCAUAAACCUGUGCUAAAUCCAAGUAUAUCACAUCAACUGAUUCACCCAUAUCUAUAUUCUUAUUUCCUCAUACAAUCUUAUUAGUUUGACAUAAUGUAUUUCUCAUAAAACCAUGAUUUUUUGAACUCAUAAUCUUGUUUACACUAAUAUACUGUAGCAUAUAAUCCUUUAUAAUCCCAUUCUCUUCUCCACUAAUAAUGUCAGGCUUACUUGUCUAUAGAUCCCUGGAUCAACCCUGCUUUCCUUUUUAAAAAGUAGCACAACAUCAGCUUUACGCCAGUUCUAGGGUACUAUGCCUGAGGAGUCUUGAAAAAUUAAGAGCAGAGUAGGGGAAUAUGUGUGUAUUUACCAAAUCACCAGCUAGCUCCCAACAUUUAUAUCUAGAUGUGCUUUUGAAUAUGAUACCAUGAAAACAUAUUUGAUUUGAUAAAAGAAGUAAAUUGUAAAUUGAAAAGUGUGUUAAAAUGGCUUGCUCUAUGUAAAUUAUGAAAGUUACAUUUUGAUCUUCAUGUGUGUUUCAAAGAAUAUUAUAGUGUAAAUACUGUUAAACUAAAUGUAAUUAAUCAUUUAUUAAAUACACAAAAUCUUA